AUGCGAGAUUAUUAUUGUUACAAGUUCCAAAUUCGGUCGAGUAAUAACGUCAUUCUAUUAGGCGGAAGAUUAUUUCAACAGUUCGUGGUUGAUAUGUACAUCAAGAUAGAGACUACACGUUUGUCUUUUAUUGAAAGGAAUCAAACGAAGAUAAGAUCAGACUUAUACCAAGGUGUUGUGGAUUGCGUCAAUGCCGGUGAGGUUCAACCAAGUAGAAUUGGACAACGGGUUGUGCUUCCUGCAAGUUUUAUUGGAGGUCCACGUGAUAUGCGAAGAAGAUUUAUGGAUGCUAUGACUUUAGUUCAAGAUGACGGGAAGCCCGAUAUAUUCCUUACCAUGACGUGUAAUCCGAAGUGGCCUGAAAUCCUUAAAGAGUUAUUGCCUGGUCAAACCGCGCAAGAUAGGCCGGACUUUGUUGCAAGAGUUUUUCAUGCCAAAUUAGAGGAUCUUAAAAAUCAACUCUUCAAGAAGCACAUYCUYRGCGAGGUUGGGGCAUAUGUUUAUGUCAUCGAGUUUCAAAAACGUGGUUUGCCACAUGCACAUAUCCUCAUGAUAAUGAAACCGGAACACAAGAUUACAAACCCAGACCAUUACGACAAGAUAGUUUGUGCUAAAAUCCCGGACCCGACAAAGUAUCCUGAAAUGCACGAGCUGGUGAUAAAGCACAUGAUGCAUGGUCCUUGCGGCCAUUUACGACCGUCUAGCCCUUGUAUGGAAGGUGAGCCGAGAAAAUAUCGUUUUAGAUAUCCUCAACAAUUCAACGACAAGACGGUGCAGACAGAUAACUCAUAUCCGAUGUAUCGGAGGAGAAACAAUGGAAUAAAGGUUUGCUCAAGUAUAAUAUCUGUGAAGUAUGUGUUCAAAUAUGUUUACAAGGGUYAUGACAAACAGGUUAUUCAUGUCGAUCCUGAUACAGAAGAGGUCAUUGUCAACGAGAUAAAGAGAUUUCAAGAUGCACGAUAUGUUUCGCCACCUGAGGCAAUUUGGAGGAUUUUUAGCUUUCCACUUUCUCAAAUCCACCCUUGUGUGAUGGAUUUGCAGGUCCAUCUUCCGAAUAAGCAGCUGGUUAGGUUCAGAGAUAAUGAUAUAAUGACAGAUAUCGUUGAUAGAGACAAGAGCUCAAUGUUGACCGCAUUUUUUGAGAGGAAUAAAACAUAUAUGAGUGCGAGACAAUAUUUAUACAAAGAUUUUCCGAAACAUUACACAUGGAAUGCCAGUUCACGUAAAUGGAAUCCUCGAAAACAAGGAUCAAUGAGAGGACGACUGGUUCAUGCUAAUCCUGCCGAAGGAGAACGAUUUUAUCUACGCCUACUUCUGUCUCAUAUUAGUGGGCCCACGUGCUUUGAAGAUAUUUACACGUUUCCCAAUGCUCUUAGACGAUUAUACGCAACGAUCUUGAUUUAUUGUGAGCCGGGAGAUGUUCGCAAGUUAUGGGAUGAACAUUAUGAUUCACUCUCUGAAGAUUAUAGACGAGACUACGAAAAUGUUGAGGGAGUCCGAAAUAUGGUUCUUACAGACAUCGCCUUCUUUUUACAAUCUAUGGGUAAAAACCUCGAUGAUUUUGAUCUUCCAAGUUUAAAUGCAGCUGUCAAUUUAGAAUCACGAGGAUUUCGUGAGGUACAAGAGGAGUACUCCAUAAUUGUGCAAGACGAAGACUUAAAUGCUCGAAACUCUCUAAAUUCCGACCAGAAACAUGCAUUUGAUGAGAUCAUGAGGCAUGUAGAUAAUGAUUGUCCAACUGUGUUUUUUGUAGAUGGACCGGGUGGAACUGGAAAAACAUUUUUGUAUAGAGCUUUGCUAGCUAAUGUUCGUUCACGUGGACUUAUUGCUCUUGCAACCACUUCAUCCGGUGCUGCCGCUAACAACAUGCCAGGGGGGAGAACAGCUCACUCUCGAUUCAAGAUUCCCCUUACUCUUAGUAAUAAUUCGGUGUGCAAUAUAAAAAAACAAAGCGGAACUGCUCAACUACUUCGAGUCGCAAAAAUAAUCAUAUGGGAUGAAGCAUCAAUGGCAAAGAGGCAGGCAGUAGAGGCACUCGAUAGAACAAUGCAAGACAUCACUGGGGUGAGACUUCCAUUUGGUGGGAAAAUAAUGAUUAUGGGAGGUGAUUUUAGACAGGUGUUGCCAGUAAUGAGACAUGGCACUCGAGCACAUAUCGUAGACUCAAGCUUACGGAUGUCACCUAUUUCGUCUUCGAUUAAAAAGUUGCGGUUAACGAUCAAUAUGAGAGCACUUACUGAUCCAUGGUUUUCGGAUUUUCUGUUACGUGUCGGCGAUAGAGAUGAAGAAUCAGUAGAUGGAAACUUUAUUCGCAUACCUGAUGACAUGGCCAUUCCUUACACAAAUAAAAAUGAAUCGAAUGAUGCUUUGAUUGAUGCAAUCUUUCCUUCUCUUCAAACCUACGAGACUGCUUCAGAUUAUAUCAUUUCGAGGAAUAUCGACCCCUCAAAUGGAUUGUGUAAAGGCACGAGGUUGAUAUGUAGAGAUUUUCAGCAGAAUGUUAUCGAUGCAGAAAUAGCUGUUGGUCAGCAUGCUGGUAAGAGGAAGAAUCAGGCUUCUGUAUCGAUGCCUAUUAGUUCCAAUGAAGGUUUACAAACUGAUAUGGAUAUUCAAAUAUGGGAGAAUACAGAUGAUUUUGAUAUUGGAUUUUCAACAUACAAUAUGGUGGAACGCUUAGGCAAUGAUCAAUCAUAUUCUCAUUCCUUCAUAAUUUUGCCAGGUGGAACUAGGUGGUGGACUACCACGGUUGAUGAAUCGGUGAAACCCGCUAUUGGUGAUGUAUAUUCUUCUUUAGAUGUAGGAGAAUCUGUAUACCAGAAAUAUGUUGAGAUGGCAGAAUUUGAGCGGUCACCAACCAUAACUGUAAUGUCGUUGUUGGAUCGGCAUUGGGUGGCCAUGAAGAUGUUACAAAUUACAAGUGGUUGCUACAGAUUCGAAAAUCCCAAUCAUGGUACUUACUGA